ACAUUUCUUUCCUUGAAAGUCGAUCGCAAAGUAUUACUUCUGCGGCAAACGUCAAAGUUGAAACAACUCUUAAUAAGAGUUCCUGCUUUUUGAAGAAAAAGUGACAUUUUGAAAUCUGUUUUGUCAAAAAAAAAGAAUUCUAUUAUUUUAUUCCUCACAGGGACGCUGUGAGGUUGUUGCAACAAUUAUUCACAGCAUCGUCACAGUCCUAAUACGUUCAUGCAAUGUUAGUUGGCUCUUUAUCCCGCGAAGCAUUACAUUAUUUUUUUAGUGGCCACUUCAAUGUUGUGAUUAUUUUCACAUCUGAUUAAUCGUAUCGUGGUCGAGUAAGGUGAGAUACGCGGUCGCAUCAUGUUUUGGGCAAAUAAUUACGUGUCAUCUCCUAAUAUUGAGGCUCUUCUCAACAAAGAGGAUGUUACAUUACAUGAAUUAAUGGAUGAAGAGGAUAUUUUACAAGAAUGUAAAAGCCAAAAUAAAAAACUUAUUGAAUUUCUUACAAGAGCUGAUGUAAUGGAAGAAUUAAUAAUACUUACAACUAAAGAACCAUCAACAGAUAUAGAAGAACGUUGGCGUUAUAAAUAUCCAAAUGUAGCUUGUGAACUACUAACUUGUGAUGUAGCAGUUUUAAAUGAAAGAUUAGCAGGCAACAAGGCAUUGUUAGCAAAACUUUAUUCUUUUAUUGAUACGGACCAACCAUUAAAUCCUCUUUUGGCAUCAUUUUUUAGCAAAACUAUUGGAGUACUUAUCGGUCGCAAAGCUGUUCAGAACUGGUAUUCGUAUCAGUUCACUUGUUUGCAGCUUUUAGAGUUUUUAAAAAGUCGUCAAACAUGCGUCGAUCUGCUUUUACAACAUUUAGAAACAUCUGCAAUUAUGGACUUAGUACUGAAACUUGUUAGUCAGAUUGAAGGAAAUAUGCGGCAAAAUAUGCUAUAUUGGUUGGAUAGUCAACAAUUAGUGCAAAGAGUAAUAAAAUUAUUAUCUCCAAAUUCUGAAUCAAGCAAACAUGCAAAUGCUGCACAAUUACUUUGUGAUAUGAUAAUUGCUGCAAGGGAAUAUCAGCGUACGGUUACAGCACCCACUAGUUCAGAUCCUAUUUUAAACACUCUUGAGUCAACAGAUACAGUAAGCCUGUUACUAGAGACUAUUUUAACUGGAGAAAAACUAGAAAGUAGUAUUCUUGGUGGAAUUCAGGUACUUCUUACACUUUUACCAAAAGCUAACAAUGAAAGAAAUGAGGAUAGUGUUCAUGGAAAUGAUAUUGAAGACGAAAUUAUAGAUAGUGAAAAACGGAUAAAGAUAUCAAAUGCAACUUUGCCUUAUUUAGAACAGUUUCAUAAAUUACUAUUAGAUCCACCUUAUAAACCUCCCGUCAAAACAACUACUGGUGUAUUAGAAUGUCCAGUUGGUCUUACGCGUUUACAUGUUGCAAAAUUGUUUACGACAUUAAUGACAACUGAAAAUGUGAAGGUUUAUGAAGCCUUAGUAGAAUUAGGAACAUUCCAAACGUUACUUGAUUUAUUUUUUAAAUAUACAUGGAACAAUUUUCUACAUACUCAAGUACAAUAUUGCCUGGCAUUAGCUAUUAAUUGUGAUUUUAAGGAUACAAAUGACAUUAUUUAUGUUAAUAUAUUUAAUAAAUGCAGAUUAAUAGAUCGAAUUUUGGAAGCAUGGGAUAAAAAUGAUAGUAAACAAAAUAAAGAAAUUAAAAGUAAACAGGGAUAUAUGGGCCAUUUAAUAAACAUUGCGAAUAACAUUGUUAAUCAAUGUGAGAAAAGUGAACAUUUAAAUAAAUUUUUAAAAGAUAAUUUAUUACCCGAGUGUCUUAAUAAUUGGGAAAAUUUUGUGAAUGUGGAAUUAACAAAAAUUAAUAAAACUCAUCAAAUUCCUUUGGGUGGAAACAUCCAGGCAACCAUGACAAAUUCCAGUGAAAAUUCAAAUGAAUAUAGUUCUUUCCCCCAAGAAGAGUUUCUUCAGGUUCAGCGAGUGGAACAAUUUUACUCCAAUUAUUUGGAACAGCACAUAACACCACGAUUUACUGAAAAUUUCGGACUUGUCGACGAUAAAUUUAAUGAUCGCGAUGCUGCUCUUCAUAACUCAGUUGACCACUUGACAACAUUGGCCUUUACACUCAGUGAAGAAGACCUAGAUAAAAGGGAAGAUAUGUUCAAUAAGAUAUGUCAGCAAAAACAAAAGGCUGAUCUGGAAGAUUGUAACACAGGAGUAGAAUGGGGUGAUGAAGGUGAACUUACUUUUCAAACAGUGGUGGAUAAACGUGAUUGGCCAACAAAGCAACAACAUAAUGAUUCUAACUCAUCUGAUGAGGAUGAUGAAGAUCCACGAGACAUGCAUAUGGAAAUUGAUUCUACAGAGCCUUGGAAUUCAAUGGAACCAUUAUCUACCAAUACUGCACUUCCUGAAGUAAGCCCAUGGGAUGUUGUUCCAUCAGAACCAGUUGAAUCUACUGGUUGGGCAAAUUUUGAUAACUUUGAAAACACUCUUAACAUGGAAAAUUCUGUGAUAAUAUAUAAUAAAUUGAGUGAUGAUGGUAAAAAAGAAAUGUUGAAUACAGCAACAAUUGAGAAUAAAAUGGAAACUGCACCGGGGAACAAAGUAACUGUAGAAGCUAUUGGAGCAGGUGAUAUGAAAAUUGGAGAUUCAAUUGAUAGUACUGCUUCAUUUAUAGAAACAAAUAUAAAGCACCAAAGUACCGAAAGUAGUUUGUUUUCCAGUUGUACUGCUGAUAAAAAUGCAAAUCCAAGUAAAAUUGUAGAUAACAGAGACAUCAAGUGUGAAGGAAACGUAAAGAAUACAGAACUUGCGACUACUACCGUACAAAAUGAAAAGUCUUCGAGUGAUUAUAAAAUCUCGUGUAGUUUAAAAAAUGCAUCAUCGGAAGCUGUCUUAUCAUCAACAGAUGCCAAAUGAAAACUUAUUUGUUGAGUAUGGCAUUACAAUAGAACAAAGAAAAAAAAAAAAUCAUAUCAAGUAUAAAUUUGUACGAACGAUCAGAAUACAUAUUACGUCCCUAUAUUUUCAUUAGAUCACAUUAAUUGUGCUUCAUUGCGUUGGCGCCUGGGUAACAACUCACAGCAGGGUAUAAGUAUGGAUUGAAAAGUAAAAGACUAACCGACGCUCAACUAUGAAUAGUAUAUUACUUGAUGUAUAUGUACAUGUUCUCGGA